AUGGAGGUUGAAACUCAACCUCUUUCUCAUUUCUCCUACUCUCUCGAUGAAAGAGACAUUUCUCACGAUUUUCCGACUCAUGAAACACCGGGAUUCGAAAUGCCGAUCGAGGAAGCCGAGGUCACCGUGUCGCGUGAUUCGAACGCUCCAGAAGGAGGCGCGUGCUUGGAGAGUGCUGUUCUCAAGUUGCAAAAGGUCUACAGGGGUUACCGCACCCGGCGCAGGUUAGCGGACUCUGCUGUUGUAGCCGAAGAGCUCUGGUGGCAAGCUAUAGACUAUGCUAGAUUGAAUCAUAGCACAAUUUCCUUCUUCAAUUUACCAGAAAGUGCGGCUUCAAGGUGGAACCGCAUUAGCUUAAAUGCUUCUAAGGUGGGAAAGGGUUUAUCUAAAGACGCAAAAGCACAAAAAUUGGCUUUUCAACACUGGAUUGAAGCUAUUGAUCCAAGGCAUCGAUAUGGGCAUCUCUUGCAUUUUUAUUAUGAGGAAUGGUGUAAGGCAGAUUCUGGCCAGCCGUUCUUUUACUGGGUGGACAUAGGAGAUGGCAAAGAGCUCGAUCUCAAAGAAUGUCCAAGGUCGAAGCUUCGAGAACAAUCCAUCAAGUAUCUGGGACCUCAAGAGAGAGAACAUUUCGAGUAUGUCAUUUUUGAAGGCAAAAUCACUCACAAACAAACAGGAAAUAGCCUUGAUACAUCCAAAGGAACUCAAAAGGCAAAGUGGAUCUUUGUUAUGAGCACCUCUAAGAGGCUAUAUGCUGGUGAGAAAAAGAAGGGAACGUUCCAUCAUUCAAGUUUCCUGGCUGGGGGUGCUGCGGUAGCUGCUGGAAGGCUAGUGGUAGAGAAUGGUAUUCUUAAGGCUACACCUCUUUCUGGAGAAACAUGUAUUGAAGGGACUGUCAUUUGUCCACCAAUGGAACAGAAAUCGUCCAUUUCACCAUAUAGCGGACACUACCGGCCAACGGAAGAUAGCUUUGAAAGCUUUUUAUCCUUUCUCAAGGAUAAUGGGGUCAAUCUUGAUGAAGUCCAGAUAAACAAGGCUAGUGAAGAUUCUGACGCCUAUGACGAUGGCAAAUAUAAUGGAAGUGGGAGGAUAACUGAAGUUAAGAAGAAUCUGGAGCUUCCUAAGCUCAAAAUUCUCGAUGUAGAGAAGGAUUCUAUCUCUGAAUUGCCAGAAGUUAAACAAACUGAAAAAUACAAAAGGACCUUAUCUGGUGGCCUUCAAAGCCCGAGAGCUGAGGUGCCCAAGACGGCUAUACUGCAACGAAUCAAUUCCAAGAAAGCGGCAAAAUCAAACCAAUUAGGGCAUCAGAUCUCUCUCAAGUGGUCAACGGGGCUUGGCCCAAGAAUUGGGUGUGUUGCUGACUACCCAGUAGAAGUUAGAGUACAGGCCUUGGAGUUUGUCAAUCUAUCUCCACGAACACCACGCACUCCCACUAACUGGCGCAUUGCUGGUCUUGCAUCACCUGCAGCUCAACCCACCCCAGAUUUGCUAAACGGUGAUGGGACCUCUCACUAG